AUGGCGACGCCCACGACGCAGCAGCUCCUGGAGGAGUACACCGGCAAGGUGGUGCCGUACACGUUCAACGGAGGGUUCGUGUGCCUCAGUUACGCCAUUAGCUUGGUUGGGACCGGAACGGCACUGGAGUUGAUUAGACGGAGAACUUCACACAGAGGAAAGCACAACUUCUUCUUACUAGUCGGCGCUGCCAUUGCAAUGGGAGGCAUUGCCAUCUGGUCCAUGCACUUCAUUGGCAACCGAGCCAUCUACAUGCUCAACGGCGAGCCAGCCCUCCAAAUCGCCUACUCGACCGCCCUCACCGUCGCCUCUCUCCUCGUGCCCAUCCUCGUGCUCGUACUCGCCUUUGUCGGCGUCAACGGCAACGGUCGAAUCCGAUGGUGGCGAAUCGUCCUCGCCGGAUUGCUCUCUGGCGGCGCCAUCUGCGGCAUGCAUUACCUCGCCGACGCUUCCAUCAGUAACUACCGGGGCUCGUAUCGCCUCUCCUACCUCAUCGGUUCCGUCGUCAUCGCCGUCCUCGCCAGCACUACCGCCCUCACCCUCUUCUUCGUCUUUGAGAAUACCUGGAGCAGCGCCUGGUGGAAGAGACUGGGCUGUGCCAUGGCCCUGGCCGGAGCCGUGUCUGGCAUGCACUGGUGUGCCGCUGUUGGAACGAGUUACACCCUCUUGCACGACAAGCCUGGCAAGGGGGUCUCCCGAAAGGAUGCAAUGGUUGUUGUUAUUUGCCUGUCCAUCACUGCCGGUAUUGUCAUGACCGGCAUGGCCAUCUAUUCAAGUUGGGUAAGACGAGACUACGCCAGCAAGUCGCAACAAGUCGUCCUCGCCGCCGGCGUCUUUGACGACAAGGGCCGCAUCAUGGUCUCUCAAGACGGAUACUUGCCCAGCGAAGUCGUGACAGACACGUACUUUACCAAGUCCAACGACGACGUCUUCAACACCAGCCACCCCCUCUUCCACUGGAUGUUUCGUGCUUCUCACAACUGGGAUACCAUGGCAAAAGUCAUGGCCAAGAUGACCAACCAUAUUUCACUUCUCGCGCAAGAGCGCAACAUUGGCAGGGCGGGCGUUCGACUCAUCAGCGACGAUGGCGAGCUUGUAGACGAAUACGACACCAUUCUGCGCGAGUUAUUCUGCGUCACCGCAGACGCCCUAGCUUCCAAAACCAAGGAGACUCUAGCUGGCGUCGGAACAUUGUGGGAUGAAAUUUUUGUCACGGGAGAGUCAUCAAGGGUCCAACGACUAUUCAACAACGACAUGCCCGGCUUACAAAGUGUCGUGGAAAAGGGCAUCCAGCGGGAUGGCCAGGAGUACGGCCGCGGUUCGCUCAUGUUCCUCGUUCGUAAGGUUGACAGCAGAAGGGAGGUGGUGAGACUUGAGGCUUCAGGGUUCCGCUUUGUAGAAGUUCACCAGGUCGCUCCCUUUAUUCAGUCUACCAUGCGCAUCAAGACGCCCGACCUGGAGGCUCGUCUACACAACAUGGCCAACCAGAGAGACAAGGCCCCCAUGCUAUCUCCCGGCUUCCACGUGGGCAUGUUUGCCGUCCGCGCUCGACUCGACAGGGGCGGCUUCGACGUGCUCGCACAAAAGACAGCCCGGAAUUUGCUUCCCUCUGUGCCGUUGCCCGUGAGCACUCUUGAUGCCAGCAAUGCUAGCUUUCUCAACGGCCUCCGUGGCUUGCCGCUCUCGACUAUUCUACUCAAGCUUCAGAGCCACCAGUCCGCUUCCGCUCAAGAUCGCAUUUUUGCUUCGAUUCUUCGAGACGCCGUUUCCUCGCUGCGAGACUCGCUAGGCGACGAAACAUUUGACAACGCUACACUCUUGCCCAAGGUAGUGCAGCUCCCGUGCGCUCCCUCUACUAGAACGAGCAAAUCUCUUUCGAAAUGCGUCCUCAUUGCGUUCCAACUCGUCCUCCCCAUUCAUGCCACUGUGCUCUCAACCGAUUACGAAUUCACCCCUCUCAACUUCUUCAAAAUGCGCCAACUUACGUACGAAGGCUCUUCUUAUAACAUCCAGUUCUCCCACAUGGUCCAUCGCGACAUGUCUUCAACAGCACAUGAGCUGCCAUCACCUCCGCGGCGACGUACUACGGCUCUUGCAUUGGCACCUACAAGGAGCCAGGAGCAGUUGUCAAAAUCGGUGUCGCAUCCCAGCUCGAUAUACAAUGGUGACGACGGCAGCUUCGAUGACGCCCGCAAGUUCUCAUCAGCAAGCCAGUCCCACUCCGGGAGGGGCGCCCAUAAGAGUCAGGGUAAGAGUAUUCACGUUUUUGGUGGCAUCAUGGUGUCGCAGGAGGUGUCCAUCAACGUACAUGAUACACAGAAUCAACAAGACCCAAAUGCCCCAGAGCAACAGGGCUCAGAGCUCAAGCCCAUCUAUCCCCGAGCUGAUGCCCAAGGCAAGAUGGAAAGUUUCUACACUGCUACUGCGACGGGCGAGAACGGCUUCGCCGGCCAGGGGAAGCAGGAUGAGUCUGCUUUUGUCGAUGAGCUGCUCGCCCUGAGUAUGCAGGCAGACAAACGGGCGACUGCGUAA